AUGGUGGCGAUCACGGCGCCGAGCUCGAUCGAGCAGAUACCGCUGGUGCAGUGUCCCAGGGCCAAUGCGGGCCAGCAGGCGGGCGCGGCGGCCAUCCCGUGCGUGGACCUGUCGGCGCCGGGCGCGGCCGCGGCGGUGGCCGACGCGUGCCGCAGCGUGGGCUUCUUCAGGGCGACCAACCACGGCGUGCCGGCGCGCGUCGCCGAGGCGCUGGAGGCCCGCGCGAUGGCGUUCUUCGCGCUGCCUACGCAGGAGAAGCUGGACAUGUCCGGCGCCGCCCGCCCCAUGGGGUACGGCAGCAAGAGCAUCGGCUCCAACGGCGACGUCGGGUGGCUGGAGUACCUCCUCCUCUCCGUCAGCGCCAACACCGUCAAGGUCUCCUCCCUGCCGCCCUCGCUCCGAGCGGCAUUGGAGGAGUACACGGCUGCGGUGAGGGAGGUGUGCGGGCGGGUGCUGGAGCUCAUAGCGGAGGGCCUGGGCGUGGACCGGUCCCUGCUGAGGGCGAUGGUGGUGGGGCGGGAAGGCAGCGACGAGCUGGUGCGCGUGAACCACUACCCGCCCUGCCCGCUGCUGCCGCCGGUGGACUGCGGCGUGACGGGGUUCGGGGAGCACACGGACCCGCAGAUCAUCUCCGUGCUCAGGUCCAACCGCACGGCGGGCCUGCAGAUCAAGCUCCGGGACGGCAGACGUGUGUGUUGCUGCCUGUGCGACACCCAGCUCGAUCGAUCGCUCAUGGCCUUCCGUUUCCGUCCGGUGAUGGCGAUGCAUGCGCAGGUGCUGACGAACGGGCGGUUCAGGAGCGUGAAGCACCGGGUGGUGGCGCCGGAGGGGGCGCAGUCACGACUGUCCGUGAUCUACUUCGGCGGGCCGACGCCGUCGCAGCGGAUCGCGCCGCUGCCGCAGGUGAUGCGGGACGGGGAGCAGAGCCUGUACCGGGAGUUCACGUGGGCCGAGUACAAGACCGCCAUGUACAAGACCCGCCUCGCCGACCACCGCCUCGGCCCCUUCGAGCUGCGCGCCACCGCCACCAACAGGCCGCCAACGCCGCCCAGCGCCGACCCGCACUGCAACGGCAGCGGCACCUGCAUGCCGCCGCCGCCGCUGCAGCAGCAGGUGGCAGAGGUGCACUAG